AUGCCUUUCCACAAGCUCGUCAAGAACAGCGCGUACUACAGCCGCUUCCAGACGAAGUACAAGCGUCGCCAGCAGGGCAAGACCGACUACUACGCCCGUAAGCGCCUCAUCAACCAGGCCAAGAACAAGUACAAUGCGCCCAAGUACCGCCUGGUCGUCCGGUUCACCAACCGCGACAUCAUCCUCCAGAUCGUGACGUCCGAGAUCACCGGCGACAAGGUCUUCGCCGCGGCCUACUCCCACGAGCUGCGCGCUUACGGCAUUGAGCACGGCCUGACCAACUGGGCUGCUGCCUAUGCCACCGGUCUGCUGAUCGCCCGCCGUGUGCUUAAGAAGCUCGGCCUCGACGAGACCUUCAAGGGUGUCGAGGAGCCUGAUGGCGAGUACACUCUGACCGAGGCCGCUGAGGGCGAGGAUGGCGAGGAGCGCCGUCCGUUCAAGGCCUUCCUCGAUGUCGGCCUGAACCGUACCUCCACCGGUGCCCGUGUCUUUGGUGCCCUGAAGGGUGCCUCUGACGGUGGUAUCUUGGUUCCCCACUCCGAGAACCGCUUCCCCGGCUUCGAUGUUGAGGCCAAGGAGCUGGACGCUGAGACCCUGAAGAAGUACAUCUACGGCGGCCACGUCGGCGAGUACAUGGAGCUGCUCGAGGACGAGGACGAGGAGCGCUACAAGGGCCAGUUCGAGCAGUACACCGAGGACGACGUCACUGCCGAGGAGCUGGAGGAGGUCUACACCAAGGCACACGAGGCCAUCCGCAAGGACCCCUUUGUCAAGUACAGCAGCGAUGCACCGAAGAAGACCAAGGAGGAGUGGAAGAAGGAGUCGCUCAAGUACAAGACGAAGAAGCUGACCUACGAGGAGAAGAAGGCGCGGGUCCAGGCCAAGAUUGCCGAGCUGGUCGUGUAA